AUGGCGGAGGAUAACCUUCCUGAUGAUUUCGAUGUGAUUGUACUUGGAACGGGUAGGAUCUGUAGUAAAAUAAUGGUGUAGAUAAAUUUUGACGGAAAAACAGUCUGAAAAUCUUUUGUUGUGUGUUACUGCAGUUAUGGGGCCACUAAGGCGAAAUUUCGAUGAAUUUUCUCGGAGAUGGGGAAAGGGUGUGCUUAUCAACUUUGACCUCGAAUUCCACAUUGUAGUGUUAGUGCAUCAGAAAGCGUAAUUCGUAGCCAGUCUUAUUUUUUUUUACAAGGUUUCCCGGAGUCUGUGGUGGCAGCUUCUCUGUCAAGAGUGGGUCUGAAGGUUCUUCAUUUAGACAGGUCAGUGACAGAUACACAAACAUGUUUUCUCGAUCCCAAUACAGAGUUAAAUUUAGUGCUCAGUUGAUGAUCCACAUGCGUCGGUAAUUAAACGUAGGGUGAAAUUUCCGCACAGCCUCAUACUUCAUUAUGCAUUCAGUUCUUGGAUAGAGAAAACAAUGACAAAAAUAAUACAUUACCAUUGGGAAAACAGAUUUGUUUUACAAUAGUAUGAGGCUGUGCGGAAAUUUACCAAAGAACUUGUAUCUUUGGGUUAGUUGUGUAAUUAUAAAUCAAGAAAUUGUUCAGAGCCAGAUCCUGUAGUGUAGUCUUAGGGUUCAUAAUUUACUACUAGAAUCAUACUUUUCUGGGUUUCAGUAGUAAGGACCAACAAGCUUAAUUGCUUCUUUUCGUAGAUAUGAUGCUAAUUUUUCACAGAUUAACUUCCUCUUGGGGUUUUCCCUAAGUUUCUUGUCCACUGCCUACUCUGUCAUAGAGGGAGGUACUCUGAGAAUAAAGUUUUCAUGAACACAAAACAAUUUCCUCAUCAGGGUCCAAACAAGGACAUGGGAACCAGGAUUACACCAAACGCACAUCAUGCCACAAAAUCUUCCAUGUUACUAAUAGCAUGGAUAGAGGUUGCAUACAAUUAUAGUAAAUGUAAAAUUUGCUCAUUAUUUGAUCUAGGAAAUUGUUUUUUCCAGGAAUGAUUAUUAUUCUGGACAGUGGGCAACAUUUACCUUUGACAGUUUGUUAAAGUGGAUUGAACUCAACCAGGUAAUUAAAAGGAUUCUAAAAUAUAUAUUCCUUUAUGCAGUAUGCCUAAUUGAUUUGGAAAGUGUUUGAUAUAGCGAUGAUGAUGAUGUAAAUUAAUUUGCAAAAAAAUGUUUUUGAUUGUAGGGUGAAACUCAUGGAGGUGCAUCAGAUGAAUCUGGUGCCCACAACAAGGAACCACCAAGCUUGGAGUCUGGUACCUUCUCAGUCCCAGUUCCCAGCCACUCUAACACAGUGAGCAAUAUAGUGGUUAGAUCUUAUUUUAGGUGAGUAAGGUAUGUACUUGUUCUUUAGUGAGAUAUUUUAUUAAUUAAUAAAUUAAAAUUAUGGAGAAAAUACGAGUUCACAGUGCCAGUACUUAGCUUAAACUUUAUCACAUGAAUAUGGGGAAGGAUCACCCAAAAAGAAGGAUGUCACUUUUCAAACAGCUGUUUCACUCCUUGUUCCCUGGAAAAGAGAAAUCUUCAGUUCAAGUUUGGCUCAAACACUAUAUUUGCCAUGACAUUUGAUGAUGAUAUUUUCUUAUUGCCUUGCUUACACUGAACUCUUUAACAAUCAAAAAUGAUCAAAAUUACAACUUACAAUGUUGAUACACUACUCAGCAAUUAGGUAAUAAAUCUGAAGAAGACAAACAUAUCAUCCAAUGGCUGUUAUUUUGCUUAAUUAUUAAAUUUUAAAAUUAAUGGUAGCCAGAAGGAAGAAUUACUUAAUAAAUCUGAUAAUGGCAAUCAGAAGGUUAAAGUAGCCUUUUUUGAGACUAUUAACUGUAACUUUCUAUUAAUUUUGUGCUUUGUUGCUUUAGUGAGAAAAAACAAGAGCAAGAGUUUGGUCUCUCUGGAUCAAAGGAGGACUCAACACUUGAAACAGCAGCAAGCUUCAGUGAAGCUUGGAAAUCUGUCGAGACCAAAGAGGUUAAACCAGUUCCAUCUGGUGAAAAUGACCCCUCAAAAGUAAUUACAGGUGCAGAAGGAUCAGGAAAUGAAGCUGAAGGUUCUGUAGAUAGGCCAUCAGAUGAUAGCCAUGAGAAGUUGGAUACAUCAGACUUAAACAGCACUAGCAGUCCUACUCAGUUAGAAGAGAGUAAUGAAACUCCGCUCAGUGAAGAAAAAGUUUCUGAUAAAGAUUUUAAGGAGAAUCAUGAUGAAGAGCUACCAACAGUAACAGAUUCCAGAGAUGGUCAAGAACUUUCCUCUUUGUCACAACCAAGGCAUAGAAGUGAAAAGAAGCCUGCUAUAUGUCCUGACAUGACAUAUGAUGAUCUGAAGCCAUACUGGAGAAGAUUCAACAUUGACAUAUCUCCUAAACUUCUGUUCUCCAGAGGACCCUUAGUGGAGGCACUGAUCUCGGCAAAUAUUAGUCAUUAUGCAGAGUUCAAAACUGUAACCAGAAUAUUGACAUACAUGGAUAGACAAGUAGAAGAGGUACCAUGUUCAAGAGCUGAUGUAUUCAGCAGCAAUGCAAUAUCUGUGGUGGAGAAACGAAUGCUCAUGAAAUUUCUGACUUUCUGCCUUGAUUUUGAACAACAGCAAGAGCAGUAUGAAGGACAUGAAAACAAACCAUAUGUUGAAUUCCUCCAGUCGCGCAGACUGACACCCAAUUUGCAGCAUUUCAUAAUUCAUGCCAUAGCCAUGGUCAAGCCUGAAACUGCAACAGUCAUUGGACUUAAGGCUACGCAAAGCUUUUUACAAUCACUUGGACGCUAUGGAAACACCCCUUUCAUUUGGCCCCUCUAUGGUGCUGGUGAGUUACCGCAGGCAUUUUGCAGAAUGUGUGCGGUGUUUGGUGGUUUAUAUUGCCUUCGAAGAAGUGCAUCAGAAAUAACAAUCAGCAAGGAAAAUGGCAAGUGUACAGGAGUAAUUUCUGAGAAUCAGCUCCUGAAGUGUAAAUGGCUGAUAAUGGAGCAUUCAUAUGUCCCAAACAUUUACAAAAAGGAGUGCUGUCAGUUUGUUUCCAGAGGAGUUUUCAUAACAUCUAGUUCCUUGAAGAUUUCAAAGGAGGAGUGCGUAUCAGUUCUGUCUGUUCCACCAUCAUUAGAAGGAGAAGAACCAGUGAGAGUCAUUCAAUUAGGGUCAGCCUCUAUGGCCAGCCCUAAUGGCCUCUAUGUGGUCCAUUUAGUCAGUAAAGGUGUGACGUCAGCUAAGGAUGAUUUGGAAGCAACAGCAAACAAGUUGUUUCAUUUUCCUUCUGAAGGUCAGUUUUAUCAUUUCUGUUGAGCAGUGACAUAUGAAUUCAGACCUGAAAGGAAAAUUAGCCAAGUCCUCAUUUGCAAUUGGUAGUAAUAUUUUCCAUCCUCAAUUACCCUUAAAUCUUAAUUCUUUGACCCCUAAGAGUGACUAGCAUCUAAUUCCUCCUUAAAAUAUCACCCCUGAAUAACACACUAAGGUCACAACAAUAAAGGAAAUGAUCACCGACAAAAGAAGCUCUUGAUUGAUACACAAAUUCUUCUUGUCACCGCCUUAGCAAAUGUAUAGAGAACAGUAUGGAGAAUAUGCAUAAUGAUGUUAGGGUGUAAAGGGCUGAAGGCUUAAUCUCACCUCUUCAUUGUUGGUUGACAGUACAGAACCAUUGUAAAAUUCCUUUUUAUUUAAGGCAGUUACCUGUGAUACGUUAAAAUACACUAGAUGAGACUCAUUAUUUUAUUGAAUUAUUGUUCUUUGCCAUUUGUCUCAAAGCAGGAAACCUUCACAGCGACAAGCCAACAGUUCUGUGGUCUUUGUAUUUCAACCAAUUUAUUCCUGAUUCCUCAUGUGUUGUUGACUUGCCAUCAAAUGUACAUGCUCUCUCGCUGCCUGGAUUGAGCUUAGGAUUUGGAGAGGCAUUGCAGCAGGUACUGAUAGCUUUCGGCUAAAGAUAUUGUCACUGCAUUGUCUAAGGGUUAGGGAUAGAUAGGUGAAACAAUGUACAGAGAACGAUCAACUGGGAAACUCUGAAUUGGACAAAAAUUUGUGGGAGGGAACAUAGAGCUGAAAAUAUUUAGGUAGGAGUUACUGGAACUAUAUUGAGGACAUUUAAAAAGUUAGGAUGUUUUUCUUUUUACAGGCUAAGGAAGUGUUUGAAAAAAUCUGCCCUAAUGAAGAAUUCUUGCAGCCUGUUCCUAACCCAGAAGAUAUUAUAUUGGAUGACUUUCUACAGGAUCCAAAUCACAACACCCCACAAACAGACUUGGCAAAUCCUCAGAACGAUGAUAUCAUAGACGGUGGAGAGGGGAGAGCGUUACAUGAGCAAGCUGAGGGUGGGGAUGGUGGGGAUGGUGUGGACAGCCAAUCAGUAGAAGAGAAAAAUGAGAGCGGAACUGGAGCGACUUCUUCUGAACCGCAAGAACAUUUGGCAAAUGAAUGAAAGUAAAUACAUAUGUUUUUGCAAAGGCUAAAAGAGACAGUGACAUUCAUGAGGCCACAUGGGGCUAGCUAUCGGCGUUCCACUCUCCUCCACUGACCCGAGCUGGCGUUUUCAAAAUGGAAGCUCUCUCGAAAGUUUCUUUAGGAAAAUUUUGUUUUCGGUGACCGAAUGAUCAAAAUAAGUUGGACGAUGAGGCAAACUGAUAAAACUAGGCCCCAGAUUUAUCCGAAUGGUUGUGGACAGUGCUCAAACAAAAGCGUAAAAGGAAACCUUAGAAAUCUGGAGAGUAGGAUCUUUUCGAAAUCGACUAGCUCUGGAAACGAGGAUGAUAUUUUCUUAUUAUUAUUUCAUUAAUGUGCCAACGUUCAUAUCUCUCUUCUUGUUUGGGAAUCAAGCCAUGAAAUGGACUCAAGCAAGGAACAUUUGACUUCAGUGCGAGACAUUUCCUACAAGAUUGUAAUUUUUGUCGUUCUAAUGAAAUAAAAACAGUUAAAACAACAACUAGUGAAUAACCAGAAAUUUGCAAAAUCUAUAGGGUAAUUUUUAUCGCAUACCCUCUUUACUGGACUCUUUCCAAG